UGCACAGCGAUCGCGACCGACCCCCGGAAAACGAUCAGCGGGUAGGAAACGUGUGUUGAGAAGAUCAAAACUUCGUCUUCUCGCGUUUCAGGGACCCGUGGCCGGCCCCAGCUGACAGGGAUAGGAUUUGGCGUCCUAUCAUAACCGACGGUCCUGGCGGAUGAUGUUCCGUGGCUGAUAGUUUAUCACCCGGAACGAGCGAGAUCGUAUUCAUCAUGGAGAGGAGCGGAAGGAGCUAUCUUCAGAGGCCCUCUAGUGGCGGUAAUGGAGGUAACAGUGGGUCGAGAAAGACGACAGGUUCUAUUAGGAGCACACCUCUGUCCACUUCACAAUGGAGGCGAGCCACAGCUAGACAAGCCGUCUCCGGCAAAAACACUUGGAACUGUCAGGGUGCCGGGAAAAUCACAAACUCUUCGUCCAACACACUUGACACAGGUGGUAGCAGAAUUCCGGUGCCAAAGUCACUAGAAACGUCCAAAUAUUCACCAGGUCUAACCGUAAGCAUCACACCUCCUCAAAGCGGUAUUCCCACAAGUAGAAUAAGACCUCCUGGGAAACUGGAUUUGGAAAGGUCGUAUCUCGUUACCUCCACUGAGAUUAAGAGAUUGCCACCUCCUCCCGCCACGUCAAGAGAGAGAACGUUGAGGAGUGAUGGACUCAAGCCCAGAGCUGGAUCCAUGAGACAUCCCCUCAGAGCCAAUGUGAGGUCGAGCUCGAACCACCUGUCAUCCCCAGACACCUCGCCCGCUCCUCCCCUCUCCCUCCCCUCCGUCCCCACUUACACUGAACUCCCCCCUCCCUCCUCCUCCUUCACCAGUCACGGUUCUCGCAUCCCUCUCCCCCGCAUCUACUCCCGCAAUAACAGCUCAGAUGGCCCGCCCUCUUUUGUCUCACCCCAACAGCAGCUGCAAUAUCGUAGUGGGGUUGCCGCGGGCACCGGAGGUGGUGCCAGAACGAGGGGGCGGAGUCAGACAAUCCUGUCUCCCAACACGCGAAAUAGGAGGAUGCCUCAACCUCAACAAAGACCGGUCAGCUCUGGUUCAGGGGAUUCCCCCCGCCACACCCCCAGUGACGCAGGUUCUGAUCAGGGGUGUUCCCCGCGCGGCCAGGUCCAUCGUCUCCCACUCACCCCCCAGGUCUGUAAACAAGAGUACGGCCUCCAUCUCUCCCCCUUCGAGAGGAAGGAGAUCGAGGAGUACCCCGAGAUCUGGUACCUCGGCCUCGAGUCGAAGAAGAUCCAGGCUGAGCAUGGAGCCAGCCAGAAUGCCGGCUACGACGACGAGAACGGGAGCUACAUCAAAGUCCUCCACGACCACAUCGCCUAUCGCUACGAGAUACGCGAAGUCAUCGGAAAAGGCUCAUUUGGCCAAGUGGUGAAGUGUUUCGACCACAAAACGAAACAGCCCGUGGCGAUAAAGAUCAUCAGAAACAAGAAGAGAUUUCACCAUCAGGCGCUCGUGGAGGUCAAGAUUCUGGACUCACUUAGAAAAAAGGACCACGACAACCAGUACAACAUCAUUCACAUGAUCGAUUAUUUCUACUUCAGAAACCAUCUCUGCAUCAACUUUGAACUCAUGGGGAUGAAUUUGUAUGAGCUGAUAAAGAGGAACAAUUUCCAAGGAUUCAGCACUUCACUCAUCAGAAGAUUUGCCUACUCGCUGUUGCACUGUCUCAAGUUGCUGAGGAGGGAGAGAAUUAUCCACUGCGACCUCAAACCUGUGAGCCAC